GUUCUUGCUGAUGUCAACAACAAUGAAGAAAAUGUUUACAUACAACAUCGCCAUAAUGGAGAUAAAUCCUGGCUGGGUUUCAAUGACAGAUCAACAGAGAGUGACUCUACUUGGGUGGAUCGUCGCGGACGUGGAAAUUUUACAGCCUGGGCCAACAAUCAGCCAAAUAACUUCAAAGAAGAAGAUUGUGUGCACGCACUUGGGGUGAAAUACAGCUAUGAAUGGAACGAUGUGCAGUGUAGUGAUUGUCAUAAGUUUACUUGUAAGAAAGACUUAAACGAAUGCCAAAACGAUUUAAAUUACUGUCACAAUCUGGCCACUUGUACAAAUGAACGCGGCUCGCACAAGUGCAAGUGUAAAGCUGGAUACGUUGGAGAUGGCUUUGAUUGUUACUACAGCUACGCAGGUUUGGGUCACUCAGCAAUUCUGGCCAACGAUGACAAUUACCUUGGAACGCUAAGCAAUUGGUUAAGCCGUGUUGUGCAGAGCCAGUCCUCUUACUGGAAGCGCUGUUGGCGAGCAUCAGUGGAUGGAUGGCCUGCCUCUACCUUCCACUCACUGUGUGACAACAAAGGGCCGACAGUGACCAUAAUCCGUGUAGGAAAAUACAUCUUUGGUGGAUACACCAGCUCAUCAUGGACAUCAGGUUGUUCAUGGCUGUGUAGAUCGACAGCCUUUCUGUUCUCAUUGGUUAAUAAACCUGGCUGGGGACCAGUGAAACUUUCACAACCUGGACAACAUGAUUCAUAUUCUUCAUAUACUACCUAUGGGUGUUCACAUCGUGGACCCUCAUUUGGUGGAGCACACGACAUUUACAUUCCCUACCACGCCUCCAACACUAAAUCUGAAUCACAACUUGGAUACACCUACAGUCCACCAACUGGCUACAAUUAUGGCAGCUCCUUCGCCAAAUCAUUCCUGGCAGGAGGUUACAAUUUUAGACCUGGUGAAGUUGAAGUGUUUUAUGAAACUUUUUAAAAAGUUAAGGUUGAAUCACGUGUCACAAAAAAAUUCAACAGGUUUUAAUUAGUUCUUAUU